AUGAAUCCCCUCUUAAAUAAAUUGAACAAAAAACAAUGUGAACCACCAAAUGAGAGUGUAGCAACAGCAAUUGGACUGACAAAUCCGAAUUCAAACGAUACUCAUACGACAGCAACGGACGCAUUUGAUAAUCCAUCAUACGAAUCACUAAAUGAACUCUCCAGUAACAAUGAAUUGAAUUGUGAACAAGAAUUUUGUGCGAGAUCACCAAUUAUACAAACAACGAAUAUAAAUACUCUUAAUACAAAUAGCACACAAUCUACAACUAAAAAUAUGAGUAAUUCGUCGCCAUUUUAUCGUGAACAAUCUCCGUCAAAUGCUACGUUCAUGAAUUCGAGUACAUUAUACAUAAAUCAACCGCAACAACAAUCUAUACCUCGAUUUCGUGUUAAUAAUUCAUUACCAAAACCCUAUGUUAAUUUUGCACUAAAUGGUGACACAAAUAAAGAAAAACAAUCUUUUCAUCGUUUAAAUUCGCCUCACAUAACAAUUCAUGCAUCUCACAAUGAACAGCCACCUAUACCACCACGAAUACCGACGACAGGAAUAUUUUCAUUACCAAACUUUCAGUUAUCACCCAAUACAAUCAUAUCUAAUAAUAGUAAUACGGAAUCAACAAACAAAGUCCAGCUACCAUUUACACUUGUUUCAUCUAAACGAGUAAAUAAUAAUGUACCAAUUGAUGUUGAACGAAAAUUAGCUGCAUUAACAUUAGCAUUAGAAAAAGAAUUAGAAAGUGAAGCAACGGUUGGAGAAUAUUACGGUCAAUGUACAAAAUGUGAACAUUCUGUGACGAAUGCUCAUGAAGGAUGCCAAGCAAUGGGCAAUCUUUACCAUAAGAAUUGUUUUAAAUGUGUUCUGUGCAGAAGGACACUUUGCGGCAAAGCAUUUUACAAUGUUGCCGAUCAAGUAUAUUGUGAAGAAGACUAUCUGUUUAGUGCUUUUCAACAAACUAUCGAGAAAUGUGUUGCAUGUGAUCAUCUCAUUAUGGAUACUGUACUACAAGCAAUGGGAAAUACGUAUCAUCCCGGAUGUUUUCGAUGUUAUGUAUGUAAUGAAUGUUUAGAUGGCGUACCAUUCACCAUUGAUAAUGAAUAUCGUAUAUUUUGCCUGUAUGACUAUCACAAUACAUAUGCUCCACGAUGUGCUAAAUGUGGCUAUCAAAUAUGUCCUGAAGAUGGUUUUGAUGAAACAGUUCGAAUUGUUGCAAUGAAUAAAAAUUAUCAUGUCAGCUGCUAUAAAUGUGAAGAUUGUGAUUGUCAAUUGAGUGAUAAUGCUGAAAAUUUGUGUUAUCCACUAAAUGAAACACUUUUAUGUUACAAUUGUUCAACGAUUCGCACAGAAAAUUAA